UACAUCACGCACGUUGAGCCAAGCGGAUGGGUCGAGUCGCAUGGGCGAGUGGCGCUGUUCGUUCCGUCCCUCCUCUGCUCUGAACCUGACAAAAGCGUCUCGUGACUGCUGCGCUGGUGGCAAAGACGAAGCCAGCGUCGCGCAGUGCCUUCGUCACAACCGGUGCGCGGUUCGAACGUUGAAUGCUACGCGGUGACUUGAUCAACGAAGCUCGCAACAUGGGCACCGUACACAUGCUGUCCACCUUGACUCGGAUUUCUUCGUCCAACGCCACGCCGAUUGCGCGGGCGUCGAUGUCGACCGCUUCGAGCGUCAAGAAGCUUGCGGGGAAAGUUGCCGUCGUAACGGCGUCUACGGAAGGGAUUGGUUACGCAAUUGCCGAACGCCUGGCACAAGACGGUGCCAAGGUUGUUGUCAGCAGCCGCAAGGAGGACAAGGUCAACCAGGCGACCUCACGGCUUACUGCGCAGGGUCUGGACGUAAUUGGGGCACCAUGUCAUGUUGGAAAUGCCGAAGAUCGGGCCAACCUAAUCAAACUGGUCAUCGAGAAGCUCGGAGGCAUCGACAUUCUCGUGUCCAAUGCAGGCAUGAAUCCUGUCAUGGCACCUGUCCUAGAUACGCCAGAGGCUGCCUGGGACAAAAUUUUUGACAUCAACGUGAAGAGUGCCUUCCUGCUCACAAAAGAAGUUGUGCCUCACCUAGAGAAGAGAGGGGGAGGUUCUAUAGUCUAUGUCUCAUCCAUAGCUGCUUACCAGUCAUUCCCCCUCCUUGGUGCGUACUCAGUGUCCAAGACUGCAUUGCUGGGCCUCACACGAGCAGUGGCAGAGCAGGUGGCCCCACUCAACAUCCGUGUGAACUGCAUUGCUCCCGGCAUCAUCAAGACCAAAUUCAGCCAAGCGCUAUGGAAAGAACAGUCCAUAGAAGACGCCAUCCUGACACAAGUCCCACAGAAGAGGCUGGGAACUCCGGAAGAUUGCGCUGGUGUCGUGUCCUUCCUAGUCUCCGACGACGCCCGCUAUGUGACUGGGGAGAAUGUUCCCGUGGCCGGCGGCUUCUUCUGCAAGCUUUGAGGACGACGUCUGCUGCUCACACGAGAAGCCUCUCUGAAAGUUGCACAAGAGUAUUGCACAGAAGAUGCCGCAAGACAUUCGCAUUACAAAUUUACCAACCACACAUAUAGCCAGUAUAUGCACAUGUUACAAACACAGUGCCUGAGGCACACAUCUAGGUUCCUGUUGCAACACUAAAGAAUCGCAAAGUCUGCUCUGUACAAUAGUCAAACCUCGAUGUUACCAACUAAAUCUAAAAUAUCUCGCCAAUAUCAGCAUUAUCAUCAAAUUUUUUGACGGUGGAAUGCAACUCCGUUAUAAUGAGGUACAACUAUUAUAUUGACUUGCAGGUCAAGUAUAUUGUGAAGUGUUAUGGAGUAAAAGUUGAAUUGACAGAGAUGGCGUGAGUUAAGCUAGGUCUGUAUGCCACUGGCCAUGAAUGUUUCUUCAGUUUUCAGCCAGGGGUUACAGUGUGUUAAACCAGCUAGCCUGUCAACUGCAUCUAGUAUGGCCUUCUGUUAAAGAGGGCGCCCGUUCAGUAUUCAACUACCAAUGAGAACCAGGUUACGGCACAGACUAUCUCAAUGCAUAAAGAGAGUAAUGCGUCUUGUCGGCCAUUUAAUUUCUUCAGACAAAGUGAAGGUAUUAAGUUAUGCCUACUUGAUUACGAUCUAGGAGUUUGCUUUUACGAGUAGACCGUUACCUACAUUCAGCAGCUCAACUUUAAUGAAAACCACAAGCACAUGUUAAGCUGCAUCUCUGUGCCUUGUGAAUGUACAAAUGCUGCUGUCAAGCAGCAGCUCUUGCUAACUGCCUUUUCUUCAUUGUCACACCGAGUGCACUUUGGCAGCCAGUAUGAGUUCCUGGCUCGGAACAUCAGCAUAGAGGCAUGCCACCAAGGAGCAUGUAGCACCGGUCACCAGAUUGUACGUCGCAUGGCGUUUAUAAAUAUGAAAAGGCAAAUUUCUUCUGAAGCACUGCUGUCGACAGCAAAAGGCACAGAGCCAGAAUUUAGCAACCAUUUGCAUGACCUGCAAAUUUGUGGUUGUCUGUGUUGUGUCCAAUUUAAGCAGAUAGAAGUAUGGGAAUAGGGGACACGUAGGGUUAAUGUUUGUUCCACAUGGAUCAAGUGUUUCUUUCUUUUUUGAGAGAAUGUGUGCCAAUUAAAAAAGCAAUUUAGCCAGCCUUGUAUUAAACACCACUACAAGGAUCUGUCCCUGCUGCAGAUGUUAACAGUGCAGCUUAUGGCUCAAGUGGAGGGCAUCCACGGGCAGACAUACUGAACUGGGCACAAAUUUAGAGAUGCUAAGGCUUGAAAAUGCAUUAUGGGACCUGUGCUGCAAUCGAAAUGAAGUUGUAUUGCUCUAACCUCCUACAGGACCAGUGACUGUGAAGGUGCCAAAGGUUGAUCCAGUCACAGUGUGCAAGUGGCAUGCAUUUCAGCAUUUGUACCAUGUACUUUGCUACACAUGGCGUAGUGCGUGCAUCAGACAUAGUAGGAUGGAGGCAGCCGUAUUGAGGCAUAACGAGCAUUUUUUCAAUGUUCCUGCAUGUAUUCUUGGCGGCGGCCAUUUUGAAGGAGCUGCAGUUCUUCCAGUGAACAUUACGGGCAAGUAGCAGGAUAUAUCUGUACAAUUCAUGGUUCCAGGGUGUGCCAUCCAACGUUGAUCUUUUUUGCUUGUUUAAGUUUGAGCAAUGCAUUGUGAAUGUUCCUGUUAGCCGAGUGAAAAUAAAACAGUUGCUGUUCGA